CUCUCAAAGAUGAAAGAACUCUCAAAAUGUCAUCAUCAAUUAGCCUAUUUUUCAUACUAAUGAUUUUAAAAAUAUAAUAUUAGCUAGAUAUUAAUUUUGCAUUUUCAUAAAAAGUACAAUGUAACUUAGAUUUAUAAUUUUAACAUUUACAUAGUAAUAUUAUUAUUAAUUUUAAUUUCGUAAUAGGAUUGGUGUUGUGAUUUUCGGUGAUAGCAUAAAAUAAAUACCUAAGUCUAUGCAUUAAAGGAAACAAUGACUGAUAAAGUUGAAAUUAAAGUUGAAAAAACCGAUGGAAGAAAGGAUCCCACUUCACUCUUGCCAGAAGAACCAAUGUCAUAUGAAAUAAAACCGAAAAAGAAGAAGAAAAAGAAAAUACAAGAAGAUCCUUUUAAAGAUAUUGAAGAAAAUGUAAAAUUACCAACAAUAACUGUGUUUGAUCCAUCAUCUGAUUCUGUAUUGGAUCCAGAAGUUAAUAUAAAAGUGGAAAAUAUUGAAGUGGAAUUGGAUUUUAAUGAUUUUGCAAAUGAUAAUGGCUUAAUGGUGGGUACAUAUAUUGAGGAUAGCCAGAGCGGAGAGCCAAUAGUUAAACUAGAACAAGAUAAUAAAGAAGCUACCCUCCUUACAUUUGAAAAUAUCAUUCAUGAUAAAUCAAGUCAUCAAUACACACUCGAAAACAGUCUUGCACCAAAUUAUGUUUGUAAAGUGUGCCAUCUAGUCUUUCAAACACCAAAAACAUUAAGAAUGCACCAGAAGAGAAAGCACAAAGUGUUCAGAAGGUCCUUCAAGCACAUAUGUGAUUAUUGCGGAAUGUCAUAUGAGACAAAAAAUAGUUUAGUAGCCCACAUUAAAAGGAAGCAUGGACCUGAUUCCACACCUGAUGACAGAGAGGAGAGAACAUGCGAUGUAUGUGCACUGGUCUUCAAAGGCAUGACUAGAUUACGCAUGCAUAUGCGGAGAAAGCAUGGCUCUUUUGAAGAGUCCUUUAAGCAUAUUUGUGAGGACUGUGGGCUGACAUAUGAUAAGUAUCGGAGCUUGAUAGUACACAUACAAAGGAAACAUUCGAAAAAAAACGAGCCAGUUACUGAUCAGUGGUUCAGUUGUCCGUUUUGUCCGAAAGGAUUUAGUAAAAGGGAAACUUAUGUAAGACAUGUACAGAGAAAACACAGGGUAAAUGAUGAAGAAACAACCAAGAACCAAGAAUUUCCAGGAGACAUUGGCAAAGUGGAGAGCACAGAAACUGGGGAAAUAUGUUGUGCGGAGUGUCCGUUGGUUUUUUCAUCAUUGAAUUAUUUAAAAUUGCAUAUGAGACGAAAGCAUAACGCCUUAAAGGAUAACUUUCGACUGAAAUGUAAAAUAUGUAACCUGUCUUAUGAUAAAAUAGAGAGCUUAAAGCGCCAUAUACGCAGAAAACAUGACAAGGGGUCAUACUGUGAUGUAUGUAACAAACAAUUUGAUACACGAGAGCUGUACUUAAACCAUACACACGAAAAAAUGAUACAAGAGUGUACAAUUUGUGGACUCAUAUUUGCGUCCCAAAGUGGUCUUGGCAAACAUUUACGAUGUACGCACAAGAUUGUUCAACCGAAGACUGUUUUUUGCCACAUUUGCAACGAAGGUUUCAAUGAUAAACGUCAAUUAAAGCCGCAUUACUUAAGAGUCCAUUUAAACGUGUCUUAUACUUGUCGAUUUUGUAAGAAAGUGUUCAAAGCGAAAGAGAGCUACAGACGCCAUAUUUUAUUUAAGCACCAAAACAAACGUCCAAAUAGUGAAUUACAAACCUGUGAUCAAUGCGCGGAAACGUUCUCAGAUGAGUUUGAGCUCAGUCGACAUUUCGAUUUAGCUCAUAGACAGACGGAGGGAUCGCAAGAAGCGAAUAAUGUAGUUGUAAAAAAAGAAGAUGCAGAUAUACCGAAUUCAUUCCAAUGCACAAAGUGCCCGGAAAACUAUACGUCUUGGGAUCAAUUGAGAUUGCAUUAUGAGCAAAACCAUUAUUUGGUAACGGAAACACAGUGCCAAGUCUGCGGUGAAAUAAUACCAGGCAACGAAUUACAGAAGCACAUAAAAAACGCACACACAGAUAAUAAUAUGCGUUGUAGAUAUUGUGAAUACAUUACGAAUAAUAGAGCGAGUAUGACUCAGCAUAUUUUAAGGCAUAAGAAUGCGACGACAUUGCACUGUAAUUUUGCGAAUUGUAAAUAUAAGACUUUUUAUGAGGGUGCAAUGGAGAAGCACAAACGAAAGCACGUUGAUCAGGGUGUUAAGUUACAGUGUAGCCAGUGUCCAUUCCAGACAAUGAAUAAGUAUAUAUUAAAGUAUCAUGAGGAAGCACACAUGACAGGUAAGAAACGGUAUUCGUGUGAUCAAUGUGAUUAUGCAACUGUUUUGCCAGCGAGCUUAGUGCAACACAAAUACAAACAUUCCACAGAGAAGAGAUUUAAAUGCGAACUGUGUCCGUUUGCUACAAAGUACAAUACGUCAUUACGUUUUCAUGUUAAGAAAAAACAUUGUGAUCUCCCAUCUUAAUGUUAUAUUAUGUUGAUUGUUUAUGAAAUUAAAAUUAUUGGUGUUAUGA